AUGCCAACCUGUCGCCGCUCCCAUACCAAGAGUCGCAGAGGAUGCAUACAGUGUAAGCAACGUCAUGUCAAGUGUGAUGAAGCGACUCCUAGCUGUGGGUAUUGCCUCAAGCGCGAAGUCACAUGUAGCUUCAUCACUGGUAGUCGCGACAACACCGACAGUGUCAACGCAUCGCCAUAUAGUCAAUCAGAUGUUUCCGCUUUCCCAUUACCGCACGCCUCAACAUCAAGGGCAUCAGAACUGAGACUGAUGCAUAAUUGGUCAACCAAAGCAUACAAAACGCUGAGACAACAUUCUGAUGAGUCGUAUCUUUGGCAAAUUGUCGUGCCAGACUUGGCCCUGUCACACGAAUAUCUCUUGGAUGCCCUGCUGGCGCUAUCAGCACGACACCUUUCGCUCGACGAUCCAGCCAAUGCCGCAUCCUGGGAUUGCGCUGCCCUGGACUAUGAGAACAAAGCUCUCACCGGGUUUCAGCUUGCCAUCGGCUCCAUAGUUUCGAGCAACUGCGAAGCGAUUUUCGCCUGCUCGAUACUGAUCAUGGUCUUCUCUCUCGCGCAGUCCCACUGGCAAGAAGAUAAUCAUUUUUCGGAUGCCCUGGUUGAUAUUCUGGAGCUGCGCCAGUUUCUGGUCGGCAUCGGCGUAGUGCAAAACGACUAUCACGAUUACCUACGUCUUUCAAGCUUUGGAGUCCUGUUUACUCCUCACACGCCACGUCAGAUCGAGACAGAUGACAGCACAGGUGUACCAUUGUCAGAAAUGCAUCGCGUAGUCGAUACCACCUUGGAGAGCAUGAGAGCCAAGAUACCUGAUAGCACAGACACUCAGUCCUACUCCGAUGCUAUAUCAAGUCUACAGCAAGCCAUGCACGUAUACUGCACAGGCGGUCUCUUCUCCGGCAUCAUGGCAUGGCCAGUAGGACUGGGAGAAGGAAUAAUACAACUCAUCGAAAAUAAGGAACCCCUUGCCAUCGCUAUACUGUCACACUACGGAAUCAUCAUUCAUCUACUGCGAGAUCGCUGGUGGGCAAGAAAUGCAGGAAAGCGACUUGUUCGAACGACCAUACCUAUACUACAAGAAGCUAGGCCCGAAUUUGCUGCAUUAGUACAGCGAGCUUGGACUGCUGUAACGAAUGACCAGUCAUCACAUACUACACCGUCCAACGGGAUCUAA